AUGCCCCAAACGGCACCCCUGGCCGCCCUCUUCGCUGCCCUCCUCAUCGCUAUGGUGAGGGGGGACUGCUGUCCGCGAGAGGACCGAUCCGAUUUCUGCACGAUUUUCACAAUGCUCUCUCCAACCGAACAAAAUGAAGUCGUCCAGUAUUUGGGAGAUAACUGUCAAGGCGACGCGGACGCAGCUCUCCGACUCAUCGAGAAAAGGAAACCGAAUUUCAUGCGAUACGGACGAUCGCCGACUCUCGAGCUCGGCAAAAAGGGAUCCGACCCGAAUUUCUUGAGAUUCGGCAAACGAUCUAAGCCCAACUAUUUGCGAUUCGGUCGAAGUGACCCGAAUUUCUUGCGAUUUGGCAAAAAGGCCGCCGGGGCUGACCCACACUUUUUGCGCUUUGGCAAACGAUCUGCUGAGCCCAAUUUCUUGAGAUUCGGUCGCUCGAGUGAGGAAUUCGAUCGCGAGCUGCGAAAGCCAAAUUUCCUUCGAUUUGGCCGAAAA